CUGGGAUGGCCACGGCUGCACUUCAGCAACAGCUUGGGUUAAUAUCGGCACAGGGCAAGGAAGUCAGCAGCCUCCAUUACUACUGUGGGCAUCGCUGCUAAGGCUGGGUAUUGCUGGGCUGCCUCUAAUAUUCCCUUCCGUCCUCUGUUUCUAAUUUCCCACCAGGCUCCCAUCAAGGGCUCUCAAUUCAAUACAGUCCUGCUUGCCCCUGCUGUGCCAUGGCUUUCAAAAAGAGAGUGAGUUCGGCAGCCUUUGCCAGUCCUGUGGUGUUGGGCAGCCGCUGGCCGGUCCUGGCCCUUCAGGCUGCUUUCCUUGUGAGCUUCGUAACUUGCAACGAUGCCCCGCCGGUGCCCGGAGACCAACUACACAUAGAGAAGCGCUGGGUGCCCGAUACCUGCCAGCGACAUGUCACAGAGGGAGACUUUGUGAGGUACCACUACCAUGGAACCUUCCCGGAUGGCACUAAGUUCGACUCCAGUUAUGAUCGGGGCUCCACAUACAAUGUGUUUGUGGGUAAGGGGCAAAUUAUAGCCGGGAUGGACAAAGCCCUGCUGGGGAUGUGUGUGAAUGAAAGGCGAUUUGUAAAGAUCCCACCCAGUCUUGCCUAUGGGAGCAAGGGACUAGCGGAUGUGAUCCCCCCAGACGCCGUGCUGCACUUUGACGUCCUUUUGCUGGAUAUCUGGAAUCCAACAGACACGGUUCAGGUGGAGACGUAUUAUAAACCAGAGAACUGCUCUCGCCUGGUCGAAGUGUCCGACUAUAUACGCUACCACUACAAUGGGAGUCUGUUGGACGGCACCCUGUUUGACUCCAGCCACAAUCGAAUGCGGACCUACGACACGUACGUGGGAAUCGGCUGGCUCAUCCCCGGCAUGGAUACCGGCCUCUUGGGAAUGUGCGUAGGGGAGAAGCGUAUCAUUAAAGUUCCACCGUUCCUUGGAUAUGGAGAAGAUGGUGACGGUAAGGAUAUCCCUUCCCAGGCCUCUUUGGUAUUUGACGUGGUCUUAUUAGAUCUGCACAACCCCAAAGACAGCAUCACUGUGGAGAGUCACUAUGUGCCCGAAGACUGCGAGAGGAGAACGCAGGUUGGCGACUUCAUCAGAUAUCACUACAAUGGGUCCCUGUUGGACGGCACCCUCUUCGACUCCAGCUAUUCCCGCAAGCACACGUAUGACACGUACAUCGGAAAGGGUUAUGUGAUAGCUGGAAUGGAUGAAGGCUUACUUGGCCUUUGCACUGGAGAGAAGAGGAGGGUGACCAUUCCACCACAUCUCGGCUAUGGUGAAGAAGGGAGAGGGAAGAUCCCAGGAUCGGCUGUGUUGGUGUUUGAUAUUCAUGUCAUUGACUUCCACAAUCCGGAGGACUCGGUCAGCAUCACCUCCCUGUUUAAGCCCAGUAACUGCUCUGUACUGAGCAAGAAGGGAGACUACCUGAAGUACCACUAUAACGCCACCCUCAUGGAUGGCACCGUGCUGGAUUCAACGCAUCAAUAUGGAAAAACCUAUAACAUUGUGCUAGGGUCAGGCCAAGUGGUAAUGGGGAUGGAUAUAGGCCUGCAGGACAUGUGUAUCGGAGAGAAACGGAACAUUGUCAUUCCUCCGCACCUGGGCUAUGGCGAAGCUGGAGUGGAGGGAGAAGUGCCUGGGAGUGCUGUUUUGGUCUUUGAUAUUGAACUUUUGGACUUGAUACCUGGACUUCCAGAAGGGUACAUGUUUGUGUGGAAUGGGGAGGUGUCGCCCAAUCUUUUUGAAGAUAUUGACAAAGAUCAAAAUGGGGAGGUCGUCUUGGAUGAGUUCAUUGAAUACAUACAUGCCCAGGUUAGGGCUGGAAAAGGAAAACUAGCACCGGGUUUCGACCCCAACAAGAUCAUAGAGAACAUGUUUACAAACCAAGACCGAAAUCAAGACGGCAAGAUCACCGAAGAGGAGUUCAAAUUGAAAGACGAAGAAGACAAAGAAAUACACGAUGAACUGUAAUAUAUUGCAGAGGAAUAUCUGAAAGAUUGUGCCUUAAUGGACUAUGGGGAAGAGAAUCCAGCCUGCCAGUGCUUGUUUAUUGGAUUGAUUUUAGUUAAAGCCUCCCCCUUGAUGGACGCUUUAGAGCAAGAAUUUAGCCAUCAGAUUCACAUUUGAAAAAAAAAAAAAGUCAGAAUAUGUUCCUUGGGGGCGGAGCUAAAUAAGUAUAUUUAUGAUCUUGUCAUCUUGUGAUAAUAAAUUACCUUUUAUAGGUC